UCAAUUCUUUCCCUAACCAAAGCCCGGCUUUCAAGCCUACCAAACACUUCUCAUCUCCAGCUUCUGGUGCAAACUUUUCACAGUUCACAAUUCAGUCCAUCUUCAAGAGAAACCAGCAGACUUCUAUCAGCCGAUCAGAAUUGUAAGAUAGAAGUAAAUUAUUAAACAAUGUUUCCUCAUUUUGGCGCCACAUCAGACACGUUAAGUAAGGCAUCGACAAUGGUGUUCCGGAUCGGUACGGACGCUCACUUGUACGACGAUCCGGAAGACGUUAACAUCGCGCCUCUACUUGACAGCAGAUUUGAUUCAGAGAAGUGCGAGGCUCUUAAGCGACUUCUCGCGCUCAUUGCUCAGGGCUUCGAUGUCUCCAACUUCUUCCCUCAGGUUGUUAAAAAUGUGGCGUCUCAGUCAUUAGAAGUAAAGAAGCUGGUUUACUUGUACCUCUUGCAUUAUGCUGAAAAGCGUCCAAAUGAAGCAUUGUUAUCUAUCAAUUGUUUCCAAAAGGAUUUGGGGGAUCCGAAUCCAUUAGUAAGGGCAUGGGCUCUUCGUACCAUGGCUGGAAUCCGUUUACAUGUAAUUGCAUCUCUUGUUCUGGUGGCUGUGGGCAAGUGUGCUAGAGAUCCAUCUGUUUAUGUCAGAAAAUGUGCUGCCAAUGCUCUUCCCAAAUUGCAUGAUUUGCACCUUGAGGAACAUACUUCUGCAAUUGAAGAGAUUAUUGGAAUUUUAUUAAAUGAUCAUUCCCCUGGAGUGGUUGGAGCUGCUGCCUCUGCCUUUGCUUCUGUUUGUCCCGACAAUUUUUCUUUGAUUGGCAGAAAUUAUAGAAAAUUAUGUCAUAUACUUCCUGAUGUGGAAGAGUGGGGUCAAAUAAUCUUGAUUGGGAUCCUUCUCCAUUAUGUAAUAGCAAGGCAUGGGCUUGUAAAAGAAUCAAUUAUGUUUUCUUUGCAUGGUAAGGAGAAAUCUCACUCUGAAAAGGAUGAUUCAGAUGGAAACUUUGCAUUAGACGAUAGUGGUGACAUAAGUAUGGUAAAUGUCUCUGAAUUAGCAAAUGUGGUCUCAAGGUCAUAUAUUGAAGGACUGGAUGAAUACAUAACAAGGUCAAGUUACAGCAACAGGGUUUCCUCCGAUGUGAAUGGUACACAAUUUACAUCUGGCAAGAGUAAUGAUGAUGUGAAGAUUCUACUCCAGUGCACAUCACCAUUGCUAUGGAGUCACAAUAGUGCUGUGGUGCUCGCAGCAGCUGGCAUACACUGGAUUAUGGCUCCAAGGGAGGAUGUCAAAAGAAUUGUUAAGCCACUCUUGUUUGUUCUGAGAUCAUCUAAUGCCUCGAAAUAUGUGGUCCUCUGUAAUAUUCAAGUGUUUUCUAAAGCAAUGCCUAACCUCUUUGUGCCACACUAUGAAGACUUCUUCGUAUGUUCUUCUGAUUCAUAUCAAGUUAAGGCGUUGAAACUUGAGAUUCUGUCUUCUAUUGUUACAGAGUCAUCCAUUACAUCCAUUUUUAAAGAGUUUCAGGAUUAUAUUAGAGAUCCAGACAGAAGAUUUGCUGCUGAUACUGUUGCAGCUAUAGGCUUAUGUGCACGACGACUUCCAAAAAUGGCAAACACAUGUGGGGAAAGGCUUUUAGCUCUAACUAGAAAGGAAUUUUUGUCUAGUGAUGGUGGGUCUGCAAAUGAAGACGCAAGUGUUUUAAUUCAAGCAAUCAUGUCCAUUAAAUCAAUCAUAAAGCAAGAUCCAGCCUCUCAUGAGACGGUUAUUAUUCAGUUGGUCCAUAGAUUGGAUUCAAUCAAGGUUCCUGCAGCACGUGCUAUGGUUAUUUGGAUGGUGGGAGAGUACAGUUCUCUAGGGGAGAUAAUUCCAAAGAUGGUAGCCACAGUCUUUAAGUAUCUUGCUUGGUGCUUUACAAGAGAGGCACUGGAAACAAAGCUUCAGAUUCUCAAUACUUCUAUUAAGGUCCUAUCAUGUGCUAAAGGUGAAGAUUUGUGGACAUUUAAAAGACUUUCCAGCUAUCUGAUUGAAUUGGCUGAGUGUGACCUGAACUAUGAUGUUCGUGACCGAGCUCGUUUCUUUAAGAAAAUUUUUUCACACAAUUUUGGCUCUCAAGGGCUGGAGGAGGAAACAAAUUCUCUUCCCCAAAUGAAAGACCUUUCACAUGUACUCGCUGAAUGCUUUUUUAGGAAACAAACAAAAGCAGCAGCAUCUGAACCAAUUAAUGACCGAUUUUAUCUCCCUGGAUCUCUUUCCCAAAUAGUUCUUCAUGCAGCUCCAGGGUAUGAACCUCUUCCAAAACCCUGUAGUUUGCCCGGUGAUGAGCUCAUUCACUUCUCAAACUCAAAUAAGGGGACAACUGCAUUAGGGGAGGAACUCACUUACAGCAACUCCAGUGGGACUGAUGAUCCUGACACAUCUGGAUCUUUGGAUGAGGAAAGUGCUUCAAAUUAUGAUUCUCAGCAAUCUGUUACUGGCUCAAGUGAUAGUGGUGGCAAUGAUGAUUCUGCUAGUGAAGGCAAUUUCAACAUUGAUCCGUUAAUUCAGAUUUCAGAUGUAGGGAAUGCUAGUAAUAAUCAGAAUGGAGCUUCUCAGUCUGACUCUACUGACUUGGGAGACUUGAUGUCGAAGAGAGUUCUGGAAUCAUGGUUGGAUGAGCAACCUGGUUCAUCAAAUCCAAGCACAUCUGUACAAAGUCAAGUUCGCAGAUCAUCUGCAAGAAUCUCUAUUGGAAAUAUUGGGCGUCAAGUUAAAGCUAAAAGCCAUACUCUCUUAGACCCAGCAAAUGGAAAUGGCUUGAAGGUGGAUUAUUCAUUUUCAUCUGAAAUUUCAACCAUAUCCCCUUUACUUGUAUGUCUAGAAGUUUUCUUCCAGAAUUGUUCUUCUGAGUCCAUGUUGGACAUAACGUUAGUGGGCGACGAAUCUAACAAAGCCUUUGAUUCUGCUGACCAAGCAUUGGCUAUGGCUGAAAGUGAUGUGCCAACGUUAGUUCCUAUGGAGAAGAUUACCUCUCUGGAACCUGGUCAGAUAAGAAACAGGAUUCUCCAGGUUCGCUUCCAUCAUCAUCUAUUGCCUCUGAAGCUGACAUUAAGUUGUAAUGGCAAGAAGCUUCCUGUUAAGUUGUGGCCUGACAUCGGAUAUUUCAUAAAACCCCUACCAAUGGAUAUGGAAACCUCCAUAGACAAGGAAUCUCGUCUCCCAGGGAUGUUUGAGUACACUAGGAGCUGCACCUUCACUGACCACAUCGGAGAGCUGAGCAAGGACAAGAGUGAGAGUUUAUUAGUGAAAGAUAAAUUUCUUGUAAUAUGUGAGAGCCUCGCAUUAAAGAUGCUCAGCAAUGCAAAUGUUGUUCUUGUAUCUGUCGAUAUGCCAGUUGCUGCCGACCUGGACGAUGCAUCAGGUUUGCGCUUGCGGUUUAGCAGUGAGAUCUUGAGCACUUCAAUUACUUGCUUAAUUACCAUUACUGUUGAAGGAAAAUGUUCUGAACCACUGAAUGUAUCUGUUAAAGUCAACUGUGAAGAAACCGUAUUUGGCUUAAAUCUCUUGAACAGAAUUGUGAAUUUCUUAGCUGAGCCCUCUUCAAAUCAUUUGUAACUGGCAAUAAGUGUGAGCACUGGGGGAUUAUCAAUCAUCCUGAUUGAAAGCAAACAAAUCAAAACUUGAAUGUAUUAUUGGUGUCAUGAUUUUAAAAGCUCGAUUGCGUCUGUUAAUUUGUGGCAGCUGUUCUGACCAUUCCAGAUGUUUUUAAUGUGUUUAACGCACAUGAUCUUAGCAGCACUGUAAUUGUAAUGUUAUUCGGAAUUUCUCAAAGCAUCGUUGUUUUUCGGU